GACGCGUUUUAGCCUAUGUCGCGCUAGCUACUUCCCUCUCUUAAAGGGCCUUUUCAUACUGUAUGUGAUGACAUACCGCUGCUGUGUUGUCGCGGAAAAGGUUCAUUGAAACGAGUCAUGAAAUUGCGCCCAAUGACGCCAACGCUGACAUGAACAAAACUGUAAUCAGCUGCGUAGCUGUCAUGUCACUCAGCGCCAAAUGCAUGUGAAGUCGGGUCGGCGUCAGCAAUGUCACGUUGGGAUUUCUUUACAUUGCCACUCGAGCAUUGUGUUAGCGCCGCGUUUGUCUAACAACGUUGAUCUGUUCCUCGGAUGCCGUCACGUCAUGUACUGAGCUUGUCCAGCUUCUGCUGACAUUGUUGAAACCGAUGACGGAUAGCGAGAGUUGACGGUGUCGGCUGACUGAUCAGCAUAUUUUAAAUGUCAUCAGGGGAAAUCCAUUGUGCAGGUAUCAGCCUUGCCCUGGGUGUUGAAGUCAACUGUCUGCUUCUGGCCUAUUUUUAGAAUAUUUAAAAGUCACAGAGCGUUACCGCAUAGACGUGAUUACACUAACUGAUGGUUAUAUCACAUACGACUGAUCAAAGCUAAACAUAUACGUAUGCAGCUGAUCAAAGAAUGCUACCCAAAGUCUGUGAUGUUGGACCUCCUCCCCAGCAUGCAGCCAUGAGCUCUGUCCUGUGGAGCCAGGAGAAGCCCAGUGGGGGCUUCAGGGAGGACUGCCGCUUCUACAUGGUUGUGAAGGAGUGUACAGCAGAGAAACCUCCUCAGAAGACCCUCCGAAUCCCUCGUGGCAGCCUCGGCCAGGCGUGCCAGGAGCGCAACAACUUGGGACGAACAAUACCCACAUGCAAAGGCAAAAAAAGUCUCCGCAUUCUGGACCAGACCAACGUGGUGCUGAGCCUGGAUGAGCGGGAUGUCCUGGAGCUGGACGAGAAGCUGGCUGAACUGCUGUUCCCUAUUACCAACUGUGAGGAGAGAUACGCCCUGCUCAGAAACAAGUCGCGGCUAGAGCGGGUCCGGGAUAUCGACUGUGGCUCCAAGGUGCGCGUCCAGCUGCGCUCCGGUGACGACCCUCUGCCCGGUGUGGUCCGCUUCAAGGGUUCGUUGCUCCCUGACAGGGCUCCCUCUGGAAUCUGGUUUGGAGUCGAACUGCUGGAGGAAGGCCGGGGCCAAGGAUUCACUGAGGGAUCAUACCAGGGCCGCCAACUAUUCCGCUGUGAGGAGGAGUGCGGCGUAUUCGUGGCCCUAGACAAGCUUGAACUCUGGGAGGAUGAUGAUGAUGAACCCUUGGGAGAGCUGGAGGUGGACCAUGUCAAUCUAGUGGAAGAAGAACAAGACUUCCCACCACUGGAGAUCAACUCCAGGGUUCUGGUGCAAACCAGGGAAGGACCUGAGAGAGGCACCAUCAUUUUUUGCGAUCUACUUCCAGGCAAUGAAAGCCUGGGUUACUAUGUGGGAGUUGACAUGGACAAUCCUAUUGGAGACUGGGAUGGUAUGAUUGACGGAAAACUGUUGUGUAAUUUUGCCAGUUUGGAGCACACGAAACUCGUCCCCAUCUGUGACGUAAUGCCAGAAUAUUCCAUGCAGGACCAAAGGCUGCAAAAGCACAGUUUUGCCCCCAGAGGCAGCAGCAGUGACAAGUCGUCCUCUGGCCAAACCAAACCAAAGAGCAAAGGAUUAGUUCACCAGUGUGGCAGUAGGAGCAAGUCUGAGUUUUACUAUACUUUAAAUGGCAGCUCUAUUGAUGCCCCCAUCCAGUCCAAAUCCAAAAGCACAUGGUACAUUGAUGAAGACCUCCAGUGGUUGAAGUGCAACACACUUUCAACCGGAAGAGGUCAGUUAAACAGGAAUUUACAAUCUAAAGAUUGGAAUCUCCACAUUGUUGGGGAGGACCCCGCCAAGUCACUUACUGAAACACCCCCUGACUUCAAGCAGUCCUCCCCACCCUCCCGGGCCCCACCUGCUUCCUUGUUGUCCAGUGACAACAAGUUCCACUCCUUGCCCUUCAGCCUGAACCGGAAGACUGGGCCCACUGAUAGUAUGAGUCAUGGGCCGCUCUCCCUCUCUGUUCAGUCGGUGAUGGGAGAGCAGCCAGAGCCCCCGUCUCCGGCUGCCCCUUCCUCGCCCCGGCCUCCGACACCUCCCCGGGGACAGCCAGGCCUGGAGGUGGGCUCUCUGGUGGAGGUGAAGGAGAACCCCCCACUAUGUGGUGUCAUUCGCUGGGUUGGUCUUCCCCCUGGCCUGCUAGAGCCUCUAGCUGGACUGGAACUGGAAGAUGAAUGUCCUGGUUGCACUGACGGUACCUUCAAAGGCACCCGGUACUUCACCUGUCCACCCAAAAAGGCUCUGUUCGUGAAGCUGAGGAGCUGUCGGCCUGACUCCCGCUUCCCGUCUCUCCACCACUCCUCCAAUCCCAUAGAGCGAUGCAACUCAAUUGGUGAGGCAUUAGCAUUUGGGGGUUACCUGAGUGAGGUAGUGCACGAGAACACGCCUCCCCGCACAGAGAACGAUGGUUUGGACAUCAUGGUGGGGAAGAAGAAAGGCAUCCAGGGCCACUACAACUCCUGUUACCUGGAUUCAACCCUAUUCUGUCUUUUCUCAUUUAGUUCUGUACUGGACACGGUUCUGCUGAGACCACGGUCGAAGACGGAUGUAGAGUAUUAUAGAGAGACCCAAGAGCUGUUGCGCACAGAGAUAGUCAACCCACUGCGCAUACAUGGUUAUGUGUGUGCUACUAAAGUGAUGAAGCUACGAAGGAUACUAGAGAAAGUAGAAGCUGCGUCAGGGUUUACGUCUGAAGAGAAAGAUCCUGAGGAGUUCCUCAACAUCCUUUUUCAUCACAUAUUAAGAGUGGAUCCAUUACUUAAGUUAAGACCCACGACUCUGUUCUCCAGGUCGGCAGGACAGAAGGUCCAGGACUGUUACUUUUAUCAGAUCUUCAUGGACAAGAAGGACAAGGUUGGAGUUCCCACCAUCCAGCAGCUUCUAGAGUGGUCUUUCAUCAACAGUGACUUGAAGUUUGCGGAGGCUCCCUCCUGCCUUAUCAUCCAGAUGCCUCGCUUCGGCAAGGACUUCAAAAUGUUCAACAAGAUUUUCCCUUCGCUAGAGUUAGACAUCACAGACCUUCUGGAAGACACUCCGAGGGAAUGUCGAAUCUGCGGAGGCCUGGCUCUGUACGAGUGUCGAGACUGUUACGAGGACGGGGAUAUCACCGCUGGCAAGAUUAAACAGUUCUGUGAAAAGUGCAAUACACAGGUCCACCUCCACCCGAGGAGGAAAGCCCAUCGGCACAGCAAACUGUCCGUCCCCAAGGAGCUACAAGAAGGUACGGGUCGUCAGGGCAGUUAUCCCCGUCAGAAGAUGGAGCUGUUCGCUGUGCUGUGCAUCGAAACCAGCCACUACGUGGCCUUCGUCAAGUACGGCAGCGCAGAUUCAGCCUGGCUCUUCUUCGACAGCAUGGCUGACCGUGACGGAGGCCAGAACGGUUUUAACAUUCCCCAGGUGUCUCCCUGUCCAGAAGUAGAGGCCUACCUAAAAAUGACCCCAGAGGAGCUGCAUGCACUGGAUCCUAAGAGCAUCCAGGGCCAGGCGCGGCGCCUGCUGUGCGACGCCUACAUGUGCAUGUACCAGAGCCCGACCAUGAGUCUGUACAAGUAGAGUCCUCUCCCCAGAGACCUGCCCCUGUAUUCCCGCGCAGCCACACCACCCCAUCCUCCCCAGGACAGAGGAGUCCCAGAAAGACCAAAAACGACAAACUGUAAACUGUUUAAACUGAAUAAGGCUGCCUACCAGCAGGGGCGUGGUUGCUGAGUUUACUCUCCUCACCCCACCUCUCUUGAAAUGCCUCCAUCUCUGCAGCCUCUAGAGAUGGAGGAGAGCGUGAGAAGCCUAUUUGCACUGUGCAUUAGUUGAGGUGUUGUGUUCUUCAUGUAGUCCUAUGUAGCUUCCCCGUGUCUCACAGCAGAGCAUCGACGGUGGGCGGUGACUUUAUGAAACGCUCCCUGUUCAGGGAGGACGGACAGACUGGGUGGCAGGUCAGGCUCGUGACACUGCGGGCGACAGAACAUGCAACAAUAACGAGCUCGCGGGAGCUCGAGGGAGGAUCUCCGCCACCUCAUGUACCUUAAGACAAGAGGAGUCCUGCUUUUCUUAAUCACUGUAAAAGUUGGGAGCUUUCCAGAAUGCCACAGCGAGGACGCAGAGCAGCGGGCAUUUCCUCACCCCACCUGUGUGUACUGGUCUAAAACGUCGUGUAAAAUCUCUUAGUAGCAUAGAUUUCUCCAGGUAGUAACAUCAACAGUAUAGAUGUCAACCUACUGUGCAGUUGCAUUAAAACGAGAGUAUUUUUGCUCUUUGUGAACCAGUUUGCAUAUUUUCCCAUCACACUGUGUAAAUGUCUGUGUUUUGCAGAAACAGAUGUAGCCAUUGUAAAAGUCUCAUGUUUUUUUUGCUGCACACUUGCUCAACCAAUGCUGCACUUUUGUUAUAUCCCCAAGUGGACCUAUCAGGAAACAUUUAGGUUUUGUCCGUUUCUUUUUCCUCUGCUAUUGGAAGGCGCAGCGAGUGCUAAUUUGCUGGUUGGUCGACGUGGGUUUUGUGUUGCAGGAUACAAAUUCACCUCUUCUCUGUAGCUUUAAGGAGCGCUCUGCAUUGCUAAUGCAGAGUAGAUGCCAGAUAAAUGCAUGAGGGGAGACUUGUACAAUGGCUCCUGUUGUGAAGCGGCUUGGUGAAGCACUCCACGCGUUCAUAGGGUCAGCGAGGUAAAAAUACUGGAAGAAUGCGUCUGAGUGCCAUGUGAGGAAUUUCACAUGCAGUGUUUUUUUUAAGUGUCUAACUCACGGUGAUGACUAAAUUUAAAUUAUAUUUUAUGUUUACAAAGCCUUGUUUCUGCCUGUCCUGGUGGUCCUGACCUUCUUUGGGUAGAGGAGCAAGUAUUGACUGUCGCUGCCUUUCACAAACAUGUAACCUGCAAUGUUUCCAGCCAGGCACCAUAUAACAAAGACUUGUGGUCAAAAUCUUAUUUAUUAUGUUCUAAUCCUAUUACAAAGAUAUAUAUAUAUAUAUAUAUAUAUAUAUAUAUAUAUAUAUUGUCCCGUUUGGAAAACAAAAUGAAACAGGGUUGAUAAUACUGUAGGUUUUGGGUACUCCUUGUCCUCUUUCACUGUAUGUUGAAGUGAAUUUUGUAGUUUAUGCUCCCUCAAAGCAACUACUGAAUGUUAAUAGUGACACAUUGGGCGGUUUAGACUUAAGGGUGGGAAAUGAAGAGGCACAAGGCGGGUAACCUUGAGUCAACAUAUGUGUAUUUAAAUUAAAAGAUUUCAAGUUUGAUCCUUGACUCAUUGUAUUUCAGUUUUACAGAAUACUUGAAGUAUACCAGUCAUACUACAAAAACACAAAAUUGAAUGUAGCCAAGCUACAGAGGUUGGCGUCAGCAUUACAGUAUAUAUAUAUUUUCCUAAAUCACAAGUUUCAGUAGUGAUGAGUGUAAAGUGUUUAACGGUAUUUUAUAAAUUUGAUUCCCGAUGAAACUCUUCAGGUGUUUUGACUGUUUCACUGAUUCAGAGAGCGGAACUUCCUCUGGGAACUUUUCUGCACUGCUCGUUCUCUGUGGGAGAACCCUCGGAACAGAGGACUGGAUUUUGGUUACUGUUUUCUGUUGCAUCUCUACAGUAUGGACGUAUGUGACAGGUGGAAAGUUAUUGUCAGUAGUGUUCUUGUAAGUGUUAAGUAAAUAAAGUCCUCUAUGUAUAUUA